AUGCCGCCGCUACUGCUGUGUGUGCUGCUGGCUGUGGCGGCUCCCAUCCCGGGGCUCUGCACUGUUCGGCUUCAGAAGGAUGGCCACUGUCCUCCGCUGCCGGCCGCCCAGUGCGACGUAUACCCGCUGCCCGACACCUGCCAGAGUGACGACUUCAACUGCCCGGGUGCGCUCAAGUGCUGUGUGGGAGGCUGCAGCAAGUCCUGCGUGCGGCCCGUCUUCCCGCCGGACCGAGUGAAGCCGGGACUGUGCCCGCUACUGACCAUCGCCAGCCCGUGCCCGGAGGACGGCGAAGUCUUUGACUGUCGGGGGCGCGACCUCCUCUGUCCCGGCGCGCAGAAGUGCUGCAGCAGCAGGUGCGGCACGCGCUGUGCCGACCCCAUUCUGCCCGGGGCACCGACGACGACGCCCACCCCCAUCCCCGAGCCGGAUUGGGAGCCGGAUUUGGAUUCAGAGCCAGGGCCGGAACCGGAAGAUCUGAGGGAUCCGGAUCCGGAGCCGUUGCCAGAACCUGGGCCGACGACCCCCAGCCCCGACCCGAGUCGCCCCAAACCAGGCCACUGUCCCGUCCCGCAGCUCUGGUGUGCGUGCGCUCCUCUUCCGGACAAGUGCACCGGCGACUCCGACUGUCCUGGGCAGCAGAAGUGCUGCUAUACGUGCUGCAACAAAGAAUGCGUUUUUCCGAAAGGCUUGGUGGGCUGA